UUGAAAAUACAGUGACGGCGCACAGUUUGUACGUCACACGGUGGCGCGUUGAGUUCACCUUGUUGAUAAUUGUUGUACAUUGUCCUAAAAUGUUGCCUUACUUCUGACUUACUGGUGGGUUGAACAUAUGCAAAGGCAACACGAAGCAGUAAAAUGUGGAUACUGACACCCCUGGAGGCUGGAGGUGAGACCCACUAUCUCCUCUCAAAUAAAGAGUAUGUGGUGGGGCGCAAGAACUGUGACAUCCUCUUACCCAACGACCAGUCCAUCAGCAGGGCUCACGCGCAUCUGACUGCUACUGACCACUCCCUGACUCUGAAAGACACCUCCAAGUACGGUUCAUUUGUCAACAACCAGCGCUUGACAGAGAACACACCAGUGAACCUAAAGUCAGGAGACAAUGUUACAUUUGGGGUUUUUUACAGCAAAUUCAGUGUGGACCAUCAAAAGCCUGUGGUGUGUUCGUCAUGUUUGGACAAUGAUGGCAAGGUGUCACUCUCUCAGGCCUUGCUGGCUUUGGGGGGAAAGCUGGUCAACAGCUGGACUCAGGACUGCACCCACCUGGCCAUGCAGUCUGCUAAAGUCACUGUCAAGACUAUUUCUGCUCUGCUGUGCUGUCGUCCCAUUGUGAAGCCAGAGUUUUUCUUAGAGCUCAGCAAAGCCUCUCAGCAAAAAUUACCCCCUCCUAAAGCCGAGAGUUUCAUCCCUGAGAUCGAUGAGCCCAGCUUGAGAAGAGAGGAUGUUAACCUUGGAACGAUUCCGAUUCGCAAACAGCUUUUCACCGGGAAGACCUUCAUAUUCCUCAGUGCCAAACAACACAAGCGCCUGAGUGCAGCAGUAAGUUUUGGAGGUGGCCGGAGCCAGCUACUGGAGGAGGGCUCUCUGCCCAGGGACCUGCUGGAGUCUCCACAGAGCUGUGUGAUUGAUAUUGCGACAGGCAGCUCCCAAAUUCUGCUUCCUUCCUCUACUACAGAGUGGGCGAAUUCUGCGAACAACAUUGUUAAAAGAAAAGGCCUCAGAGUCAUCAUAGAGUCCGAAAUUGGUUUGGCUACCAUCUAUGCUUCCUGUGACAAGUACUGCAAUCCAUCCAGUCUAACACUCGACUCAGAUUCAUCACCAAAAGUGGGACCCAGAAUCCCAAGUGCUUCCCUAUCACAGGGCGUGGCGGUGGAUGAGACUGUGUUGCCUACAACAUCUCAGAACAUCACAGCGUAUGCAGUUAACACAGAGCCAUCACAAGGGACAGAGCUAUCUAAAGGAACAGAGGUGAGCGCUGUAGGGGAGACUCCUGAGAACAAGCAAAACCAUAACAGCAGUCAGCUCCGUGGAUCUAAACCCGUAGCUCUCAAGACGACCACUCAGUGCAUCGUGGCUGAUACAAUGAGCUCAUCGUUCAACACUGUAGAGAACACGGCCUCACAGAGGAAGAAGCCUGAGACAGUUUCAGGUGCAGCCAGUAGUGGCAUUAGGUCCCAGCCAUCCCUUCCCAGUGCCAGCGAUGGCAUGAAGAAAUUCCUACAGAAGCAGUCUCCUCAGAAACAAAAACUCCCUGCACAAGCUUCCCCACAGAAACAAUCAGCUCUGACCAGUUUCUUUCAAACAGUCAACAAGAAAAGGCCUUUGGAGGAUGAGCUCUCCUCUGUCAUGUCAGAGCCAAAACGGCCUGUACUGGAAUCAGCCAUCAGCAUACAGGCACCAAACACUUCAGCCAUGUCUAAAGCAACAUACUCACGUUCAGACAGAGUCCUUGCAGCAGCAUCCCAGAAUCCACUGGGGUCCGCAGCUGAUCUUUUUGUAGGGCAGUCAGACAGGGUCUCCCACACUGUCCAGAAAGAGCCACAGAGUAGAAAGAGGAAGGAGAUGGAGGCAGAGAUACAGAUGGAUGAACUGGAGUCUCUUAUGUCUGAGGAUAUGGACUUCUUUGAUGAGCAACCUGCAAGUAAUCAAGGCCAGCAAGAACAGCUAAUAAUGCACAGCUCAACUGAACAGAAACAAGGAUUAAAUACUUUUGAGGCUCCGUCUUCAAGCAAGAGGCAACGGCUCCCCCCAGAAGAAAAUGGAAAGAACCAGAGGCCGCCGGUGGGCCUGGAAAAAGAGUCAGGUUGCCAUAAGAACCAAACGUCUGAACAGUGCAUUGUCUCCAUCAAGACAGAGCAGGGUUAUCCUUCAGAAUACAGGACAACUAAUCAUGAGUCCAGCAAAUCUGCAGAGGUGUCAUCUGCUGGUACAACUCAAGAUAAACAGCCUUUUGGCGAUGACGAGGCGUCUUUCAUUGAGGAUUUAGAACUACUCAAUGCUGAUAUUUGCCAGCCUGAAGAAGAGACUAAGAACCCUCCAAAACCCGUCACAAUUAAACAAGAGGUCCAAGAGUCAAAGAUUGAUGAUGACCUUCCUAAAAAGCUGGUGUUGGUGGAGUUUAGAUCUCUCACUGUGACUGCACCUCCCAAAACCAAACCACAGAGGAUGCAGAGCAACAACUCUGCAAAGAACUUUAAAUGUUUCCGCAAGAUCUGCGCGCCAGGUGCCAUGGGCUCAUCCCAUAUCAUUGGAGGAUCUGAUCUACUGGUUCACAACAGGGGCAAACACUCUGAUCUGGAUGAAUGGCUGAAAGAUGCAGCGGAGGAAGAGCGUCAGAGCAGACGGGACGAGAGUGUUGGAGAUGAUCUCUUUAGGUACAAUCCCACCAAACUAACCAGGAGAAGAUGAAAUACCUUCAUCUUAACGUCAUCCAGAGGGAAUUCAUUUCAAAAGGCGCAGAAAGUAUGUCAAACUCCAUCAACACCACAUAAAAAGGACUCCAGAAAUAUUUAACAGACAGAUAACUCCUGAUAUCUUUAUUUCAGCUACAAUGCUUCAUAACGGCUCAAAUGUUCAAAAAUGUUUGUCAUUCUUUCGUAUUUCUGUUCUACCUGUGCUAUCUAUCAAUACAUGUCACUAAUUAAGCCACUGGCAGCGAGCAAUGUAAGUAAAAAGUUUCAUGUUCAGAGAUUUCUCUCAGUUUUAUUUGUCAAUAAUAAAAAAUGUGACAUACAAAACAAUAAAAACUCUUCAAUUGUACAAGAGAGCAUUUAAACUCUGCAUGCUGAAAGCAGCUAUCCCUUGGUUUUAAAGUUAAGACCAAAUGUGUUUCUUGGUUUUAGCUGUGCUAGAAACUUAAGAGGGAUUCAAGUAGCUGUUUCUUAAAUGAUCUCCUAUGAGCCUGCAGGCACUUUUACACAUCUGAAACUAUUCCGCUAAGUUGUCAUCAUGCCACAAGAUUUAUGGGCCUUUCUGUACAGAUAGUUGAAGCCCAUCUGUCCGUUGAUAUUCAGCUUGUAUUGUGGAAGUUUAAACACAGUUCUUUUCUUAAAUUACAAUGGGAUUAUUUUGCUUAUUAUACUUAGUACUUGCAAGUUGCUUUCUAAAAUUCAUACAAAUCGGUACUAAAAUGAAAAGUAUGUGAAUGGACACACAAUAAACUUGUUGGUGCUUAAUUAAGCAAGCAGAUUGCUCUUGGAACUGAAAGCAGUGGACAGUUGUGUCCAGGAUCAUAUUUAUUUAGUUUCCUUUAAGUAAAUUCAAACCAAUAAGAGUUAUCUUUACUAAUAAGUCACCCAGUCUCUGCAGUCCUUAAAUGUACUCUUCCCACAUCUGUUCUUGUAGCACUUUUAUGUCUUCUGCUCACAGCAGCUGCUGCUAGGCAAUUGUUCAUGCCUGCAUGCAUAUAAUUAAUAUUCAUAUCAAAACAAUAUUCAGAAGUCAAUGAAAAAAGCAUCAAGGCAUAAUUCAGCUAAAAUUCAAUAUUUAACACAAGUAAUAACAUUUCCACUAGUUUAAUAGGAUUACUAAAACUUAUACAGUAAUGUGUUAAACUAUUAACUUUGUUAGUGGAAAAAGUAAUGUGACGACAGUAGCGUUUUAUUUUAGUAAUUACCCCCAACACUGACUCUAUCAUAUUGUAUUGAAGGAGGCAGAAGAAAAAAAUUCCCUACACAGGGAUCAAAGUGUCACAUCACAAACAAACCAUGAGUUGUGCAGCACACAAAACAAAUUAUGCAUAUGGCAUCACACUCUUGCAGACCGUGUUUAAAUAAUGAAGAAAACUAAAGUAAAAA